GGAUUUACCGGACUUCCACCUGUCGCGAGCGCUGUUUUGUUUUGUGUCCGUGUCGUAAGCGAGCGAAAAGCAGCGCGCUCUGACACAGGACGGCACGAGACACCGACACCUGAGCGAGAGCUGGCUGUUAUCACCGUUAGUGUUAGAAUAAUUUUAAACACGAGUGUCGACGGAAGGCAGAGAAUAACCGGGCAGGUGAAAGGACAGCUUCAGGGCUCAGCAGCUGUUUUCUGUUUUUGUUUUAUUUAGAUGUUUUAACCGAGCACAGCGGAGGGAACAACACGCAUAAUUCCGGUGGAUGGUUUUAUCCGCAGUGCCUCAGCCAACCAGCCAACCGGGGAGCAGGAUGUCAAGGCAGCAGCAGCAGCAGCAGCAGCAGCGGACGCCGUUAAAACUCACCGACAGCGUGGUGGAGGUCAAGAGCAAAUAUGAGGCAGAAUACCGUCGCUUUGCCCUAAAGAGGAACGGCCCAGGUGGUUUCCAGGAGUUCUACCGCCUCCUCCAAACCAUCCACCACAUCCCCGGUGUUGACGUGCUGCUGGGAUACGCCGACGUCCAUGGAGAGCUCCUUCCAAUCAACAAUGACGACAACUUCCACAAAGCUGUCUCUUCGGCCAAUCCGCUGCUACGCAUUAUCAUAACCAAGAAAGAGGAUGAACCUGUAGUUUUUGCCACCAACUCCCUCCAGCGGCGCAAAAAGGGGCUGGGCUUAACCGGACUGCGCACCACUGGCUCGGGCUCCACCCACUCAAAGAACAAAUCAGGCCUCAUGAUUGGCCUGCCGCAGAACUUCAGACAGAUCUCGUCCAUUAUUGACGUGGACAUCUUACCUGAGACGCACCGACGCGUACGACUUCACAAGCACGGUACCCAUAAACCACUGGGCUUCUACAUCCGUGAUGGCGUGAGCGUACGGGUGACGCCGCAGGGCGUAGAGAAGGUCCCGGGGGUGUUCAUAUCCCGCCUGGUACGUGGCGGGCUGGCAGAGAGCACAGGGCUUCUGGGAGUUAAUGACGAGAUUCUUGAGGUGAAUGGCAUCGAUGUAGCGGGAAAAUCUCUGGAUCAGGUUACAGACAUGAUGGUGGCCAACAGUCACAACCUCAUUGUGACUGUGAAACCGGCUAACCAGAGGAACAACGUGGUGCAUCGUGGGAGUAAAACCUCCAUGGGCAACUCUGGUUCUGUAGGCUCAGCUGGAUCUACAGGCUCCGCCUUGUCACAUGACUCACCGAGCCCCGCCUCUCAGAGCAACCCAAUUACUGCAAGCAACAGCAUUGCAGAGGGUGACAGUGACGACGAAGAUGACGAUGGCGACAUCAUCUUGGAGAACGACAGUCAGACACCGUACGACUCCCACCGAGUAAACAACGGUAACAACGCUAACCUCAACAGAGACUCACCCAGCAACAGGCCGCACAACUCCGCUGUGGUUAGGCCCCUCCCACAGAGCGUGUCGUUGCCGAAUAGCAUCGGAACAUCCCUGAAUGACAGCUCCGUGGCGAUGUCCAUUCACAACGGAAACACAGCCAGUAGCAGCCAGGAGAGCAUGAGAGAGGAUGGCAACAUAAUCACACUGUAACCACGGCAACACUGACAACUACACUGUAGCGAUGAGGACUGUGGAAUGUUACAGGCAGAGAGUGCUGUAACCACGGCAACCACCGACGGCUAGUCAGACUCAGCAGCAGCUUUUCUGACAGCGUUUCCAAGUGUUGGUUACUCUCUGAAGUCUGACAGGUUGGAAACACUGACAGCACCGCACAGAGGCAGGGCAGGGGUUCUUCUGCUUUCUUACCCUUUGCUGGCCCUGGUGGACCGUGGGUUUUCACAGUCUGUGGCAAAACAACCCUGACUUUUUAUAUGUCUGCAACAUGUGGCUGAGGUAAUGUAUGGAGCUGAACCGUCUUGUUCUAUAAGCAAAAACAAUAUAUUUGUAUUCACCCCAGGGAAAUGGUUUAAAUGCUAUAUAACUGGUCAGUAUAGACUUAAAGAGAGCAACAAGAUUGAGAAGUAAUUCACGAUCUGAUGUCCGAAUAUUUAGAAAAUCAUCUCUGAUUCCAAAAUUACCAGUGAGGAACUGCAGCAUCUACAGAGCGACAGCUGCACCCAUCAGAGGCAUCAGUUACCUGCAGGAGUGCAACAAGACAAGGACAAAACUCUGGAAUUAAACCAGGGCCUUAUUUUCAUGGCAGCAUAAAGACCAGAGCGAACAGGGCAGCGAAGGUGAACACCUGGAAGUGUUCUCCGCACAUCUGUGUGGUACCUGGUGCCCAGUGCAGAGCCCACAGGGCGGCGGUCCAGGCAGGUUACAUGGAGUCAAUCAGUCUCCAUGAAUCGUUCAACCCCUGCAGCCGCCUGAACGCAGCCGGACACGUGUUGACAGAUACAGUGAGAGCAGAGUUGUGAUUGGCUGAGAGUGUUUUUAUUCAUCACCACACCCCCCUGGUCUAUAUUCCACUUCACCCAGCCCUGUUACACUGCUGUCCCCACAUCUGCCACUUUACUCUGGUCAUUGUGCUUCCAAAGUUAGAAUAAUGCCCUGAAUAGAAAUGAAAUAUCUACAUAGGAGCCAGCAGAGCAGAGAAAAUCAAUGAAGCCACUUUAAAACCAAACAAAAGGGAUUUCACUCUAUUUUUCAAUAUUUGCCAUUUUUUAACUUUCUUUUUAAAUUUCUUGUAAUUAUGAUUUUCUUUUUCCACAAAAUCAUUUGUCAUCUAAAACACAUGAUUCAUCUCAUGGUUUUAGUUCGAGGUUUAAAAUAUGAUACAGGGGUUUUUCUGAAACGUCUAAAUAAAAGAAAUGAGAAACAUUUGGUUCCAUAACACUGAGUGAAAAAGCGUGCUCAGCUCUGCUAGAUGAGAAACUGCGUGUAGAGUCUGACACUGCAGAUAUGGAAACAGUUAAUGUGAGUCACGUCAUUAUUUGGAUUUUUAAAGAAUUUCUGCAGCGGUUCAGUUCAGAAAAAAGGUUGAAGGGGAGGAGAUGGAGAGGUCACGGUGAGUGGGUGAGGAUGACACUUCCACAUGAAAAAAACGCUAAUAACAUACACAUUUACACACAUUUACACACUCAUCUGACAGAGGCACACAAACACCAUGAAGCUUCUAUGGAGCAGGGGGCAAAAUAAGGAAAUUCCAGUCAUGUUUGAACAGUCAGAGCAGUGCAGUAUGGGACACAGAGAGUUCUUAUGCUCUAAUCUGGGCCAUGUAAACCUGUGUGUGCGUGCGUGCGUGUGUGUGUGUGUGCGUGCGCACAUGGGUGUGUUUUACUGUACUUGUGCGGUACAACAGCUUUGUGCUGGACCACACAAGUUUAAAUGGCUGUGUGAGGAUUCAGACCUGGUUCCAGGGUUCAGGUUAGAAUCAGGUGUGGGUCAGAUAUUCAGUUAUGAUGGUUAGGGUAAGGAGCUAGGGAAUGCAUUAGGUCCAUGACGGGUCCCCAUGAAAAUGAUCAGUAAUAAAGGAGGAGUGUGUGAGAGAGAGAGAGAGAGAGGCCCUUGUCUUUGUUGUGGCAGCUCUGGGGGUAUUACCUUACAGUCAGAAAUGUUGGCUGACUUCAUCACACACUGCACUCUUUCUUCACCGUCCCCCACUGUCCCCCUUUGUCCCCCUCUGUCUCCACACCUUCUGCUUCAAAUUACACCAGAAUACUUUUGGUCCCAUCGUUAAAACUGAUGUCCAACCGAAGUUGUAUGAAAGAUCAUCAUCGUCAGCAGCUACAGGACAUUCUCACCUCGUUCAUCAGAAAUCUAAAAUCAUUAGAACCUAAUACAGAUUUUACACAGCUCCAGUCUGCUUGUGUUUAUCUGACACACUAAAUGCUAAAGGUGUUUAUGUUGUGUCGUAACCUUUGAGUGGGAUAUUUAAAGAAGCCACUCAUAAAAACCUGCUCCAUAGUUCUGUUAGAGGUCGAAAGCUUCCACACGGAACCUUUAACAGGCGGAAAGAACAAUCUUCAGUUUAAUCAGCUGUUUAAAAUGUGCACGUUAUCAUCCUGCACAUCCAGCUUCAUAGGACCAACAUCUAUUAAAUACACUGAGACAGGUGAAGCAGUUUGUGAGACCGGCCUCCUGUUGCCUGCUGUUCAUACAGAAAAGUCAAUCUGGUGCGAGAUAAACUCUAAAAUCACACAGAGACUCUGAAUCGUUUCCAUAUUAAAGGUUGGACAUUGUUUCUCAGAGCAGAUGCUUUCCAGUGUGAGCUGAUCCCAGCACGACUCUGUGCUGCGUCCAAACUGUACUGAUGUUACUUUCUCCUGCUGCGUCCAAACUGUGUCUGAAUCACAAUUUAAAUGUAGCUCGAGUUUUCCUGGAGAGCAGAGCUGCCACGGCUCAGUCACAGCUCAGCCACAGCAAGUCCACCGGACCUGAAGACACUCUGUCAAAGAUUGAUGUCAACACACACACACACACACACUUACACAAACACACACAGAAAUAUAUACACACACUUUUUUUCCUCUCUUUCAUUUUAACGUAUGUUGAAGUGUAAAUGUCAGAUUAUUCGUUACCGGGGAAGAAGUUUUUAAGUAAGAGAACAUUUUAUAAUAUGGAGAAAAUAUUUUUCUUAUUCUUGAACUUUCCGAUUUCACCUGAGAGCGAGGUUGGAUGUGGGGGCUGAGUAUACAGAGUGUGUGUGUGUCUGUGUGUGUGUGUGUGUGUGUGUGUCUGUGUGUGUGUGUGUGUCUGUGUGUGUGUGUGUGUGUCUGUGUCUGUGUGUGUGUGUGUGUGUGUGUGAGCAGAAAGUGGUUGUAGCAGUUAAAGGUGGAGCAGGUUAUUUUCUGAGGAAUCUAACAUGUUACUGAGUCGCCUUCACACUGACGGAGCACAUCAGCACAGUCACUCCAGCGUUCAUCCUCAGUGUGUUUCCACUGUUGUGUGGACCAUUUAUCUUUGCUGUCUCUUUAUUAAGUGUAUGACUUCACAUUGGUCCUCCCUCCACUGUCUUGGGAAACCAAAUGGCGCUCGUGACAGAGAGCUCCCUGACUGACAGAUAUCUGACACCUCCCUCUGAGCUGCACUGCUGGUGUCUGCACAGACUGAAUGGUGAUGGUCGUGUUUGCUCCACCCCUCAGUGUCAUGUCGCUGCUGAGCUCCGUCUGUAGCCUGUUUACACCCUGACAGCAGGUCAGCCCGGAGCACGUCCUCCCCUGACUGUGCGAGCUUUUAGAAAACUAAGGAAGUGCCUUUUCGGAGCGAGGAGAGCUGUGUUUCGUUGGGUGUCACGUCCCCGUGUUGACGGCCGGUGAGCAGCUGAAGCGGCUCCGUGCAGCAGGUUGUGUUCGAUGAGAGUUUGUCGUUAGACGCGUGUGAUGUGUGUAACCUGCGCUGCACACAGCUGGUUUCUAUAGGAGUCUGUAACUAAACUGUGAAUGUCAUUUGGAGGUAAAAAUAUAAUGAUUAUCAAAUGAUUAUAUAAAGGUAAUAAAGUAUUAUUAUGAGG